GCUGUUGUUGUCACUGUCAGCUAAAAAAAUAAAUAAAUUGAUGCAGAUUCGCAUUUUAAUUGAAUUAAACCAUUAAGUAAAUGGUUCUUUGAGCUUAGUAAAUAAGAAAAUGGAACCUAGCAAGGUUCCUGACGUCGGCGUAUUACCGAGUAUCGUGGAUGUCGAAUGGAAACUGGAAGUGGUGACAAACACGCCUGGUGUUGGUUCCGAUAAUUUAUUGUACACAGUGAUACUAAAAACGAACUCUGGAGACGAUGUGAGGUUCACUUGUGGCAGCCAGCAGCUGCAGGACUUGGUCUACAAAUUGAAAGACUUGGUUCGACAUUGUGAGAAAAUGAAAAGUGAACUCUUAUAAUGGUCUGUGUAUUUCUAUAUAUUUUGUAAUUUAGAGUCAUAAGUUUGUUGUAAACCUGUUUAUAUGAUGUAAUAAAUUUAUUUUAAUGUAUUCAA